GGGCUGAGGGUGCCUCCUAAACCCCUGUGGAGAUCCCUGUCUGUGACAGCCGGAUGCAGCUCCUCCCACUUCCUGCCCUCACCCGGACAGAGACUUCAAUGGAUACAAACAAGGCAAGGAAACGCAGUUUGACAACCUUCCCAGUUUUGAAAGCAAGGAAGAAGCAGAGUUUUACCUCUGUGAAGGUUGAGAGUAAGCCUUUGGGUCACCUCCAGAAGCCAUCCUCCAAGAACAAGAAGCUGAGAGUGAACCGAUGUCCACAAAAGAUUCCAAGUACCAGUAACACGGCGUUCCCUUUUGUGGACACAAAGGGGAAGAGGAACACAUUUAACUUCCCCCAGAUUGGCAACAAAGUCCCAUCAAAGGGGCCCAUGCAGUACCAGGAAAUUCAAAUUCAUAAUCAAGUGCUAUCCUCUGAACUCAAGACUUCAGAACUACCUUUCAACAUUAACGCCAAAGCCCAAGACACCAAGCCACACCCAGAACUACAAAAGAGGCACAAAGUCCCUCUUACAGUGGCAGAGGCCCUAAAGUUCUUUAAGAAUCAGCUGUCCCCUUAUGAGCAAAGCGAAAUCCUGGGCUACUCAGAGCUGUGGUUCCUGGGCCUUGAAGCCAAGAAGCUCAACGUGAUUCCAGAGAAGUUCAGCAAGACAAGCUUUGAUGAUGAGCACGGUUCCUAUAUGAAGGUCCUGCAUGACCACAUUGCCUACCGAUAUGAGGUUCUGGAGAUGAUCGGGAAAGGGUCCUUUGGACAGGUGGCCAAGUGCUUGGAUCACAAAAACAAUGAGUUGGUGGCCCUGAAAAUCAUCAGGAACAAAAAGAGAUUUCACCAUCAGGCUCUGGUGGAGCUGAAGAUCCUGGAAGCCCUCAGAAGGAAGGACAAAGACAACAACCACAAUGUGGUCCACAUGAAGGAUUUCUUCUACUUCCGGAAUCACCUCUGUAUCACCUUUGAGCUCCUGGGAAUCAACCUGUAUGAGCUGAUGAAGAAUAACAGCUUUCAAGGCUUCAAUCUGUCCAUAGUUCGGCGCUUUACCUUUUCCAUUUUGAAAUGCUUACACAUGCUUUAUGUAGAGAAAAUCAUCCACUGUGACCUCAAGCCGGAAAAUAUUGUGCUAUACCAGAGGGGCCAAGUCACUGUUAAAGUUAUUGACUUUGGGUCAAGCUGUUAUGAACACCAGAAAGUGUAUACAUACAUCCAGAGCCGGUUCUACCGAUCCCCAGAGGUGAUUCUGGGCCACCCCUAUAACAUGGCCAUUGACAUGUGGAGCCUGGGCUGCAUCAUGGCGGAGCUGUACACCGGAUAUCCACUGUUCCCUGGGGAGAACGAGGUGGAGCAGCUGGCUUGCAUCAUGGAGGUGCUGGGCCUGCCACCUGCCCACUUCACCCAGACAGCCUCCAGGAGACAGGUAUUCUUUGAUUCCAAAGGUCUUCCCAAAAAUAUAAACAACAACAGAGGGGGAAAAAGAUACCCAGAUUCCAAGGAUCUCACGAUGGUGGUGAAAACCUACGAUUCCAGCUUCCUGGACUUUCUCAGAAGGUGUUUGAUGUGGGAGCCUUCUCUGCGCAUGACCCCUGAGCAGGCCCUCAAGCAUGCCUGGAUUCACGAGCCAAGGAAAUUCAAACCACGGCCCAAGCCACAGAUAUUAAGGAAGCCUGGGGCCAGUAUUUCCUCUGAGAUAAGCACAGAAAAGGCUGAAGAGCAACAGGCCAGCAAAGGCAAAAAAGAUGAGGCUACCAAAGAAACUACAGACAAAUUGAAAGACGAAGCCGAGAAGCACCUUGAGAAUUCGGGCAAACAGCAGAGCUCUGUGGAGCACACAGCAGACACCAUCCAGCUGCCUCAGCUAACUGAAGCUUCUGGAAAGCCAGAGACUGUUACUGGGUCAGAGAUGUCCGCAGACCAGCAGAGCACCUCCUCCCCCAAGAGCACAAACAUCUUACCACCCAUCGUGUGACCCUAGUGGCGGGCGGGCAUGUCCCGCUCCCUUCAGCCACCAAUUUGUAUUAGAGAAGGCACUUUGAUUGUACAAUACUUCACAUUGCUUUUUUAAUGCAUAAAGGUUUGUAAGAAAAAUCA